AUGCUGGAGAAUACAUGGGAGCAAUUGAAACCUAUUUAUGAGAAAGGUAUUCAAAGUUCAUCAAGAAAAGAACGAAUUAAUAUAAUAAAAAGUAUAGAAUCAAAUAUAAAUGAUAUCCAAGAAAUAGAUUUAAAAUUAAUAGUAUUAGAAUUAUUAAAGACUUAUAAUUAUUAUUCAGAUUUAGAAUCAAGAAAUUCAGUGAUUGAAUUACUCAAUUCAAUUGGAAAUAAAGAUAAUAGAUUUUUUAAAAUCUAUGUGGAGUUUAUAAAUAAAGAAAUUUCAGGUACAUCAUUAGCAAUAAAAGAUUAUUUAACUUUAUUACAAUGGAUUAAUUGUUUUAAUAUCGAAUUAGCAAAAAAUCAUGAAUUAUCAGAUUUAAAUGUUUCUAUUCAAUCCAAAUUAUUAAUAAAAUGUACAGAAUAUCAAGGAAAUCGUCAAAAUCAUUCUCAUAGAAUUGUGAAUGCUGCAAAUAUAGCUACAAAGAAUAGUAUUGCAGACACUUUAAUUAAUGAUGAGUCAUAUAUGGAUUUAAUAUUAAAAUCAAAAUCUUUUUCUUUAUUGGGUGUACUAUGUAUGGCAUGUAUUGAUCUAGUGGCUAUCAAACCAUCAGCGAUUGAAAUAGUCAAAACUCAUCAAGAUGAAAUAUUAAACAUAUAUAUUGAUCAAGUACUAAUGGGAAAGACAUUAGUUUCAAAUAUGGAAUUGAAAAAUUUUGGGUCUUGCAUUGAAAUACUUGUCAAUGAAACUAAUUUUGAAGAAAAAUUACUACCAUCAAUUGAAAAAUCUAUACUAAGAUCAUCUGAAAAUGCAUUUACUAUCCUACCAUACCUAUUCAAAAAUCUUAAAAAUGUAACAAUUUCAACCAAAUUGUUAUCCUCGAUUAUAAAUGGAGUCAAAUCUCAAAAGGAAAAUAUAAGGCAAAAUGCUUUCACUACACUUAAAUUAGUUGUUGAAAAAUCAUCAGAAGAUUUAAGUGAUGAAAUAUUCAAAGCUAUAAAAUCAACAUCAAAUGCAGAUCAAAAAUCAUUACUCAUAAGAUCAUUAUUUCAUUCCGAUUCGGAGAAAGUUAUAUCUUUCAUACUACCUUUAAUAAGUAAAGAACAAAAUGAAACAUCAUUAAGUAGUUAUGUUGAUGUAUUUUCAUAUCAUAUUUUCAAGCUUAAUAAAUUUGAUGAUGAGAUCAUUAAAACUUUAACCACUGGAUUUAAUUCAAAAUUUAAAAAAGUAUGGUUUGAUCAAUAUGGACGUCAUGCAUUAGGUAAACCAGAUCAAUCACAACAUUUCAAAAAGGUAUUUGAUGAUAAUUUAUCAACAAUUGAAAAAUCACCACUUGCAUCAAUUAAAACUAUAACCUGUGCAUUUGUCAUUCUUACAUUAACUCACAAAACAUCACCUAUUUUAUCAGAUUCUAAAAUUUAUGAAAAAUUAGACACAGUUGACUUAUUUUGGUUUACUCAUGCACUUUAUAAAGAACCCAAAGGUUGGUUAUAUGUAUUAACCGGUAAGAAAGUACCAUAUGAAAUUAAAAAAAUUGCACAACAUCGUUUCAAAGAAGAAAUUGAAGUUAAUUUAUCAUUAAGUGAUUCAAUAAUAACAGAAUCCAUUAACUUAGAUUUUGAAAUUUAUAACAUUAAAGAACUUAGUGUUGUUUAUGCUAUUUUAACACAACUCAAAGAAAUUGAUCAAGUCAAAUCAAAUGCAAUCAAGUUAAUCAUCCCUGCAAGUAAUCCAAAAGUUAAUAUCACUGGUGGUUGGAUUGGAUUAAUUCAAAGAAGUGGACAUAAAAUAGAUAUUGGUGAAUUAGUUAAACAGAAUUAUCAAAUAAUAUUUGAUGAAUGUGUAAAUAAUAGAAACUCAAAUUCAAUAAAAGCUCUUGCUACAAUAGCAUUCAUAAAUCCAGAACUGAACCUUAUUACCAAUUUAAUCAACGAAUAUUUAACAAUAGAUCCAAUAGAUGAAACAUCUAAAUUAAUAUAUAAUGGAACAGAAGGUGAGUUAGUAAUUGACGUCUUAUCCAAAACACCUAAAACUUUAGAUAAAAAUUCAAAAGAUUAUGAAAUAAAAGCAUGGGAAGAAAAAAUGAGUAAAGAAUUAAAACAAACUAAAAAAUUAACUCUUGAAGAGAAAAAAUUAGUUAAUGAACAAAUUAAAAAAGAAUCUGAUAUAAGAUCAAACAUCAAAACAACAGUAGAUCAAGUAAAUUAUGCUAUACAAUUAAUUAAAGAACUUGCAAGUCAAGCUAAAUUUAUAAAUAAUGGAGCUGAUUCUUGGUUUCCAAUAAGUGUAAAAAAAUUACUUGAUUUAGCUAUAAGUGAAGGUUCAUUUUUUCCAAGUAUUGAAACUUUUUUAAAUUUAUCAUUUUUAAUUAGUGAUAGAUUUGAAAAUUUAAAAUAUUUUGUUGGUGUUGCAAUUUUAAGAUUAUAUAAUGUUAAAUUACCAAAUCAAGAUUUAGAAGAAGAACCAUUACAAUCAUUAUUAGGAAGGAUAUUAUAUCGUGUGAAAAUUUUAAGUGAUCAAAAUCCUUUAGAUGCUAUUUCAUUAUCAUAUAUUUUACCCUUAUUAAUUAAAGUUUUAGAAAUUGGUCAAAUUGCAGCUUUUAAAAAUUCUAAAAAAAUUGCAGUUACUUCAGAAUUUGUUGAAAAUGAUCCAGAAGAAGAACAUCUUUUAUUAUGUGUUGAAAUUGUUAAUGCUCAUGCUGAAUUAUUUUCAGAUUCAAGUAUCCCAAGAACUAAUAUAUUGAAAAUUUUAAUAUCUUUAAUGUCCAUACCAUCAAAAUCAAAAUUAGUUAAAGAAUGCUUUUUAUCACUUUGUCAAUAUAUUGCUACUACAAUAUCAGAUGAAGAUUUACAAUUAAUUUUAAGUAAUGUUGUUUCUCCUCAUGUGUUUGUAAGAUCAACUAUUUUAGAAGGUAUUGAUUCAGAGUUUGAAUUGACAAAUUAUUCAAAAGAAAUCUUCGUUGAAACUUAUGAUACUGAUAAUAAUUGUCAAGAUUUUGCUCAAACUAUAUGGGAAGAUAAUAAUUUGGAAACUCAAGAUACUACAAAUUUGCUUGAUUUGUUUGGCUUGAAAGAUGCUGGUUUAAGAUUAUCAGUAGCUCAAGCUUAUAGAGAUGCUGCAGUACAAACUGAAUUAAAUCUUGAUGAAUUAUUUAAAUUUUAUAUUGAAAAGAAAAUUCCACCUGCUCCAAAAUUAGAUGAAUUUGGAUUAGUGAUAAAAUCAACUAUUGAUCAAAGAGAUCGUUGGGAAGAAAGAUCAACUAUUGCAUUUACUUUAAAAUUCCUCGUACCAAAAUUGACCGAUUCAUCAAAUGUUGAAAAACUAUUCAAAUUUUUAGUUGAUGAAGCAUUAGGUGAUAAAGAUGAACAUGUUCGUCAACAAUUUCAAGAUGCAGGUAUUGAAGCUGUUAAAGUUCAUGGUGCUAAAAACGUUGAAACUUUAAUAAACAUUUUCGAAGAAAGUUUACAAUCUAAAAACAUUAAAGAACCCGUUGUUGUUUUAUAUGGAUCAUUAGCAAGACAUCUUAAUAGUUCUGAUCCAAGAUUAAGAGUUAUUUUUGAUAGAUUAAUGAAAUCAUUAGAUACUCCAAACGUUCAAUUUGCGGUGGCUGAAUGUAUAGCUCCAUUAGUUCCAUCAUUUGAAAAAGAACUUCAACAACAAUUUGAUACCUUGUUUGAUAAAUUAUUUGAUAGCAAAACGUUAACAAAACGUCGUGGUGCGGCUUAUGGAAUUGCUGGUCUUGUCAAAGGUCAUGGAGUUAAAGCAUUAUCUGAAAUUGAUGUGAUAAGAAAUUUAACAGAUGCAUCUGAUGAUAAAAAGAAUGCCACUAAGAGAGAAUCAGUUUCAUUAGUAUUUGAAGCACUUUCCAAAUUAUUAGGUAAUUAUUUUGAACCAUUUGUAUUUGAAAUAUUACCAACUAUUUUAAAAAGUUUAGGUGAUGCACAAAAUGAAGUUAGAAUUGCAACUGAUGAUGCAGCAAAGGAAAUUAUGAAAAAUACUACAUCAUUUGGUGUUAAAAAACUUAUUCCACUAGCUAUAUCAAACCUUGAUGAAAUUGCAUGGAGAUCUAAAAAGGGAUCAGUUGAAUUAUUAGGUGCAAUGGCUUAUUUAGAUCCAGAACAAUUAUCAGCAUCAUUAUCAAUAAUCAUUCCUGAAAUUGUUGGUGUUUUAAAUGAUACACAUAAAGAAGUUAGAAAAGCAGCUGAACAAUCUCUUAAAAGAUUUGGUGAAGUUAUAAGAAAUCCAGAAAUUCAACAAAUUGUUCCAUUUUUAAUAAAUGCUAUUGGUGAUCCAACAAAACAUUUAGAUGAAGCAUUAGAUAAAUUAACUAAAACUCAAUUCGUUCAUUAUAUUGAUAGUUCUUCAUUAGCAUUAAUUAUUCAUGUUAUUCAUCGUGCUAUGAAAGAUAGAUCAGCAUCUACUAAAAAGAAAGCAUGUCAAAUUGUUGGUAAUAUGGCAAUUUUAGUAGAUUCUAAAGAUUUAAAACCAUACUUAAAUGAAUUAGUUGAAGAAUUAGAAUUUGCUAUGGUUGAUCCAGUUCCAGCAACAAGAUCAACUGCAGCAAGAGCAUUAGGUUCAUUAGUUGAAAAAUUAGGUGAAGAUCAAUUCCCAGAACUAAUACCAAAAUUGAUAGAUACAUUACAAGAUGAAAAUAAAGCUGGUGAUCGUCUUGGUUCAGCUCAAGCAUUAUCUGAAGUUAUUUGUGGUCUUGGUGUAAAUAAAUUAGAAGAGUUAUUACCAUCAAUUAUAUCAUCAUCAACUUCACCAAAAGCUUCAAUUAGGGCUGGAUUUAUACCAUUACUAUUAUUUUUACCAAUUUGUUUUGGUUCACAAUUUUCACCAUAUUUAAGUAGAAUUAUUCCACCAAUUUUAAAUGGUUUAGCUGAUCAAGAUGAAGAAAUUAGAGAAACUGCUUUAAGAGCUGGUAGAUUAAUUGUUAAAAAUUAUGCUAAAAAGGCAGUUGAUCUUUUAUUACCAGAAUUAGAAGAAGGUUUAUCAAAUACAUCAUAUCGUAUUCGUCUUUCAUCUUUGGAACUUACAGGAGAUUUAUUAUUUCAAAUUACUGGUCUUUCUGGUAAAAAUGAACUUAUUGAAGAUCAAAUGGUUAAUAAAACUUUGGCUGAAGUAUUGGGUCAAGAUAGACGUGAUAGAAUAUUGGCAUCAUUAUUUGUUUGUCGUUCAGAUGUUGCAGGAAUUGUUAGAAAUGCAAGUGCUGAUAUUUGGAAAGCUCUUGUUUCAAAUACUCCGAGAACAGUUAAAGAAAUAUUACCUUCAUUAACUUCAAUUAUUGUUACAAAAUUAGCAUCAGAUGAUGAAACUCAAAGAACUAUAGCUGCUCAAACUUUAGGUGAUAUGGUUCGUCGUGUUGGUGCAAAUGCUUUACCACAAUUAUUACCAUCUAUUCAAAAUGCUAAAGAUCAAGAAGGUGCUUGUAUGGCAUUAACUGAAUUAAUUAAAUCAACAUCAUUAGAAGGUUUAACAACUUAUCAAGAUACUUUUAUUACUAUAAUUUAUGAUGGUUUAAUUAAACAAGAUAAACCAACAAGAAAUGCAGCAGCUCAAGCAUUUGAACAAUUAUAUGAACAAAUUGGUAAAGUUGUUAUUGAUGAAAUUAUCCCCAAAUUACUUUCAGAAUUAAAUAAUUCAUCAUCUUCUUCAACAUCAUCAUCAAGUUCAUUAUUUGCAUUAAAAGAAUUAAUGGCUUCAAAAUCAGAUAUAAUUUUCCCAAUAACAUUACCAUCAUUAUUAAAACAACCAGUAGAUGCAUUAGCGUUAGCUUCAUUAGCAUCAGUUGCAGGAACAGCAUUAUAUAGAAAAUUGUCAGUUAUAUUAAAUACAUUAAUUGAUGCAAUGAUUAAUGGUGAUGAUGAUAUAUCUGAAGAAUUUAAUCAAGUUUUAUUAUCUGUUGAAGAUGAUGGAGCUCAUUUAUUGAUGCAACAAUUAUUAUCAUUAAUGAAACAUGAAGAUCCAAAAGUAAGAGAAAUAAUUUUUAGUCAAUUAGGUUUAUUUUUUAAUGAAGCAACUUUAGAUUAUUCAAUGUAUUUAGAAGAUAUUGUUUUCCAAAUGAUUUUAUCAUUAAGUGAUCCAUCACCAAAAGUUGUUCAAGGAUCAAUGGAUUCAUUAACUUCAUUAAUUAAACAACAACCAAAAGAAAUCUUGGAAAAAUUAGUUAAACCUUCAUAUCAAGCAUUAAAUUUAACUGGAGUUUUUGUCCCUGGAUUUGCAUUACCAAAAGGUCCAAAUUCUAUUUUACCUGUAUUUUUACAUGGUUUAAUGUAUGGUACAUCAGACCAAAGAGAGUCCUCCGCAUUAGCUAUAGCAGAUAUUAUUGAAAAAACACCAGCUGAUAAUUUAAGAACUUUAGCAACUACUUUAACUGGUCCAUUAAUUAGAGUUGUUGGAGAAAAAGUUGCAUCGAAUAUUAAAUCAGCAAUUUUAGUUGCAUUAAAUAAUUUAUUAAACAAAAUUCCUCAAUUUUUAAGACCUUUUAUACCACAAUUACAAAGAACUUUUAUACGUUCAUUAGGUGAUGUAUCAAAUGAAACAUUAAGAAAUAGAGCAGUAACUGCAUUAACUACAUUAAUUAAACAUCAACCAAGAGUAGAUCCAUUAAUUACUGAAUUAGUUUCAACAGCUAAAACUACUGAAGAUCAAGGAGUUAAAGCAUCAAUGUUACAAGGAAUGUUAGCAGUAGUUGAACAAAAAGGUGAAUUAUUAAAUGAAUCAUCAAAAACAAAUUUAUUAUCAAUUGUAGAAGAAGAAAGUAUUGAUUCUAUAUCAUCAGCAAAAUUAUUAGGUUCAUUAGCUAAUGUAUUAACAAAAGAAGAAACAAAUAAUUUAUUACAAAAGAAAGUAAUCAAUAACGAAAGUAAAUUUUCAAUUUUAGCAAUAAAUUCAUUUUUAAAAUAUGCAACAGAUUUAAUUAAAAAUAAUGAAGAUGUUAUUGAAUUUAUUAUAAAAUGUUCAAAUUCUUCUAAUCCUUAUAUUAGUGAUAAUGCAACUAUAGCAAUUGGUAAAAUAUUAUUAAGUGAUUCCAAAAAUGAAGAAUUAUUUAAACAAUUAUCAAAAAAUAUUAUUGAUCCAAAUUCAUCAUCUCCAGAUACUAAAAGAUUAUCAUUAAUAGUUAUUAGAAGUGUUGCUCAUAAAACUAAUAUACCAGAUGAAUAUCUUGAUUUCAUUGUUCCCAGUAUAUUUGUAUCUGUACGUGAUCCAAUAAUUCCAAUAAAAUUAGCAGCUGAAAAAGCAUAUCUUGAUAUUUUUAAUAUUGUUGAAAACAAUUUAACUAAAUUUGAUGAAUGGUUUAAAAAUCAAGGAGAUGAAAUUAAAACUAUAACUGGAACAACAAUAAUACCUAGAUCAAUUGGUGAUUAUACAAAAAGAGUAGCUGUAAGAUUAGCAAAUGUUGAAAGAGAAAGAAUUGAACAAGGAGGUGAUGAAGAAACAUUAUAUAGUGAUAGAAUUGAAGAUGAAAAUGAAAUUUGGUCAGUUGGAGUUUGA